UAGGCCAUAAUGACGUCACACGAAUUUGUGUCCCAUCAUUCCAUACGGAAUCACAGAGGAGAAAUGGCUGAAAGGAUUGGACGUGUUUUCGUUUACGGAGGAAAAGGCGCUCUUGGCGCGGCUUGUGUUCAACAUUUUAAAGCUCAAAAAUGGUGGGUUGGAUCAAUUGACCUGAAAGAAAAUGAACAAGCUGAUGCCAACAUUCUUGUGAAACCUGAAGAAUCUUGGAUUGAGCAGGAAGUGUAUGUUAUCAAACAGAUUGGUUCUCUCUUAAAUGGUGAGAAAAUUGAUGCUGUAAUUUGUGUUGCUGGAGGAUGGGCUGGUGGAAAUGCAGCCUCGGCAGAGUUUAUAAAGAAUGCGGAUUUGAUGUGGCGGCAAAGUGUGUGGAGUUCUACAAUUGCAGCAUCUGUAGCUGCUAAAUACUUGAAAGAAGGUGGUAUGAUAACUCUGCCUGGAGCUAAGCCAGCUUUAGGCGCAACAGCAGGGAUGAUUGGAUAUGGGAUGGCUAAAGCUGCUGUUCAUCAACUGACAAAAUCAUUAGCUGCUGAAAACAGUGGACUUCCUGCAAAUUCUUUGGCAGUUGCAAUACUUCCAGUUACCCUUGAUACUCCAAUGAAUCGGAAGUGGAUGCCCAAAGCUGAUUUCUCAACAUGGACUCCCUUAGAAUUUGUUGCAGGGAUGUUCUAUCGCUGGGCAUGUGGUGAAGAAAGACCAGAAAAUGGAAGCCUCAUUCAGCUUGUCACUAAGAAUUUCAAAACUGAUUUACAGACUGUCUGAAUGAUAACUACACAUUUACAAAUGGGUCCAACAUAAGAAGAAUCUCAGAUACAUUUUUCUGUCUUAGGGUUUAUUGCUUCAAACAUGCUUGGUAUUUACUUUUGACAGUUGCUGUACGCGUUUGAGAAGUGUUUUAUUUAAAAACCUCAAUCCUGUUCUAUUUAUCCCAUCAGGUGGCAAUACAAUUAUAAAAUCACAGUAAGGAUGGUGAAUAAGCUCGAGUAGAUGCUGUUGUGGAAAAAAGUUUUGUACUUAGCUUCUUGUUAUACUGUUCGAUUACUAUUUGUUGUGUGUAUCACCCUUAUAAACUGGAGUAAAAUUGUAGGAAAGAAAUUAAAAUUCCAACUGUUGAAGAUAAAUUACAUUAGUACGGGUGCUUUAGUCUUGCAAUGUCUCAGAUUUAAAAGUCACCACCUGAACUGUGGGUAAAGAUAUUAUUUCUGCUUAGUAGUAACUUGUGAAAUAUGAUAAAUUUGUCACAGCAGAUUCCAGUUGAAAAAAAAAAAAUUAAAAGCAACAAGACAGAUUUCUGUGAUAUGACCUACUAUAUUUGAAAUAUUUUUUGUUAGCUGUAAAAUUGAUUUCACUGCAAUCGAGAAGCAAAGGAAAAUAAAAGGUUUUUUUAACUUGUGCUUCCACAUUCCUUAAUUUGAACCUUGCAGUAAUGGACAGGGUUAAGUGAUGUGUUCCUACAUAUUAUGUUGGUACUAUUAAUAGUUUAUUAUUGUGCAAUAUUUUAAAGAAUAGCUCACAUUUUGUAUAAUUUUGAUAAAAAACUUUAUUUUUGUAUAAGCAUUUACAUAGUUUUUAUGUACUCCAUCUUGAAAGUACAGUUUAUUUCUUCGUAUAUACAGUUAAAGAUACCUGUACAUCAGUCCAAAUAAAUAUAUUUGUGCUGUAUCAUUUAUCACAGGUUACUGUACAUGUUAUUAGACUUGGAAAAUAAAAUAUAUUUUGGUGGCAUUCAAAA